CUGCACCCCGGUUAAGUCCAUGUCCCCUGUGGAAGACAAUGGAAGAGAAAACGCACAAGUCCUUUUCAGUCCCACCUUUCUCUCCCUAACAUUCGUCAACCUGUUUUUUCCUCAUUUGCAAAGUGGAGAUGGCAUAACUCCCAGGGCUGGGGAAAGGUCUGGCACAAGAGACAAGUGUAAAUAAAUGUUUGAGAACUCUGAAUCUGUGAUUUUAGAUACGUGAAGGUAUUCCGGGUAACCAGUGCCCUCCCUGAAUCGCGUUAUCCUUUUGCCAAAAAUUGUAACUCUACUAACUUUGAGUGUAUCUAGGAAAGAAAAAGCAAACUUAAUUCCUAUUAAAAUGUCAUUCAGCCUCCCCGGCCCAGUCCAGGCCGAGAGCGCCCGCCUGCUGCUUCCGCUCUCCGCGCAAGCGCCCGAAGCUCGGCCGGAGAGCAGCGGAGCCGCCGGCGGGGCCGGGAGAGGAGCGGGCGCCGCUGGCCGGGAAGGUGCUGGAGGCCACGGUCCGCAUGUUGAAGGUGCAGCUCCCCGCGUUAUCUUAAGCAGCUCCCAGUCCCCGAGAGCAUUACCAGGAUCGCCCGGCUCACAGUUUCAGAAUGGCUUUGAUUAUUGCCUUUCCUCGGUGUACUUGCACUACCUUGCGGUUCGUCCAUUCCUCCCGAAGAAAAAGCAGCAGAAGGAUAACUUGAUUAAUCUUAAAAUACAAAAGGAAAAUCCCAAAGUGGUGAAUGAAAUAACCAUUGAAGAUUUGUGUCUUACUAAAGCAGCUAAUUGUAGGUGUUGGCGUUCUAAGACGUUUCCUGCCUGUGAUGGUUCACACGAUAAACACAACAAAUUGACUGGAGAUAAUGUGGGUCCACUAAUACUGAAGAAGUAUAAUAGUAAUGAAUUAGGAUGGAAUUCAAUUCUGUGCUGCAAAAUCUUAUAACAGUAUUUUUCCAUUCUUUGUUUAUAGAAGAUCUUUCAAAUGGUAGUCUUAAGUAUUGCUACUGGUUGAAUAAUUAUUUCUGCCAAUUUAUUUUACACUACUGUUUAUAUUUGACACUUUGUAUAUUCAGUCAUUGAUAUAGAAUUAAAUCGUGCAACACUUUCACUCUGAUUUCAAAGAAUUAAUGUAUCUUCCUACAAUAAAACGAACACUUUUUAUUUUUAAAAUAAAAUAAAAUAAAAUGUCCUUCACUCUGUUCUCUCCUUUUU